AUGGAAACCAGUCUUAGCCUCCCAAACCAACGUACAAUAUUUUCAGCUGAGGUAGCAGCAGCCCACACCGCAGCAGUCACCCAGGCUGAACGACCACUCGCCAUACUCACAGACUUGGCCAGCGUUGUCACCGCGCUACAGUCCGACACGGUCUCACAUCCAUGGCUCCAACAACUACUGCUCGAAGUAUCACCAGAUACCACUUUCGUAUGGAUUCCAGGACAUUACGGAAUCAGUAGCAAUGAGAAGGCUGACCACCUCGCCAAAUUGGGUCGCAAUCAGGAACGGUUUACUAACUCAAUUCCAGCCACAGACCUGAAGUCAUGGGUAACGAAGGUAAUAGAGAAAAAAUGGACAGAAAACUGGCUGAACACCGGUAGGGAAGGAACUAGGAAAUAUUUUCUAAGAAGGAUAAAGAUGGAUACAACCCGAUGGAACGAUCCCCCAAUCCAGCAGGAACAACGAACACUUUCACGCCUGAGAACAGGGCACACUUCAUUCGCUUACAACAUGAGUGGCGGAGAAUUUAAGACGCAGUGCCCAACAUGCAGAGUCCACCAGUCGGUGGAACACGUUUUAUGCCACUGUCCACAUUACCAAACUGCACGAAACAAACACGGAAUCCCUGAGAGCAUCGGGAACGCCCUAGGGAAUCAACCGACAACAGCUGCAGCAGUGAUACUGUAUCUAAAAGAUAUUGGACUAUACGAACAAACAUAA